CCCAUAUCCCUGCUGAUGAUGCGGACCCUCAAGCAGACGAAGUGUCUCCUCCACCACCAAAAGCUCCCGCUCAAUCACCUCCGCCCAAUUCUGCACGUCGCCGAUCUCCUUCAGGGCGUCGCGCGCCGCGUCCGCCGUCUUAGUGAGCUGGGCGUUCUGCUUGGCCAGCGCGGCCGUCGCCCCCGCCAGCGCGUGCUCCUGGCGCUCGAGGGCGGAGGCGUUGUCGUGCAGGAUCCGGGCGCGCUCGCGGAGGUGCGUUUCGUGCGUUUGGGCCGUGCUGCGUAGGGUAGCUGUGAAUGCGGUGCGGGCUUCGACUGCUUGGGUUGUUGUUGUUGUUGUUGUUGAGGUUGAGGUUGAGGGGGGGGGAUGGGGGGGGAUGG